AUGCCGCCCCAGCGGGUUCCCUCGCAGCAGGAGACAGCGCCUCCUGAUACGCAGCCACCUGCAGCAGCACCAAGUGGCAGAUGGGCCCUUCAAGCAUUUGCUGCAGCAUUUGAACAGCAGGCAGUGGCAGCAUCUGCUGUAGGUCCUGCUGCUCCUGGUGCUGUUGCUGCUGACGAGGAUGCGCAGCCGCGAACGCUAUCAAGCGGCGUGUCUGCCAGCGCCUCCAGCAGCAGUAGUCCCAGCAGCAGCACCAGUGAUGAGAGCAGCAGCAGCGGGAGCAGUAUCAGCAGCAGUUUAUCCUUGGCUGUAGCCACUGCUGCUCUUCAGCUGCCUCCACCUUCCCAGUCUCAGUGGCAGUUCUAUGAGGAGGAAGAGUGGGGGCCCCCUGGGGGGCCCCCCCUUAGCCCCGGUGGCCGAGAGGCCCUGGGGGCCCCUAGUAGGAGGUAUGGGGGCUUAUUAAUGAUGGAGUCUUUAGGGGUAGGAUUGAUGAAGAGGCCCCUCGGGUUGCUGCCGCCAUGGUUUGCUGCAGUGCCGCGGCUGCUGCUGCAGCAGGAGCUCGCUCUUAUGUUUACUGUUAGUGUCAGCAGACCUGUGUUGGAGGCAUUUACGGAGGUGCUGCUGCAGCAGCAAGCAGCAAGAAAAUCCGUGCUGCAGCGCGGGAAUCCUUGGCUGCAGCGAGCGGUUGCAACGCCACCACCAGCACAAGCAGCAACAGCAGCACCACCCCUCCAACAGGGACUUGUUGCAGCUGCUGCAGCAGCUACUGCGGCCCCUCCCGCUCCUGCUGCUGCCGCGGCUACAGCACCAACGUUGCCGGGGAAUGCAGGGGAGACAGCAGGAGCAAAAGGGGACGAAGAUCCAGAAACAGUGACAACGUCAACAGCAACAGCAGCAGCAGCAGCAGCGCAGCAGCAGCAACAGCACCUGCUGCCGCCUAGAAGGGUUCAAGGUGGCUUAUGGGGAGAGGAGGCCCCUUACGAGGCUGCAGACCCCUCAUUACAGGCAGCAGCAACAGGGCCUGCUGCCAGUGGUGCUGCUGCUGCUGCACCAAGCGGUAAGGAAGCUGCAGCACAGGCGAUUGUUGCUAUAGAGCGGAGGGCAAGGCGCCUGCUGCAGCAGCUUCGUGUCAGUCCGCCCUUUAGCCUAGGGGCCCCCAAGACCAGUGGAGGCCAUUGGGGGGCCCCUGUUGCUGCUGAUACAACGCAGCAGGAAGCGUUAGAGCUGAUGGAACUGCUAUGGAGGCACAUGCAGCAGCGUGGAGGCACAGUAGCAGCAGCAACAGCAGCAGCACGUGUAGCAGUCAGCGAAGCAGCUGUAAGCUCUGGGAUAAGGCACGGGUCAUUGCGAGAGUUGCUGCUGCUGUUGCUGCUCUGUCUUGCUGCAGUGCAGCAGCAGCAGCAGCAGCAUCUCGACGACACGGGAGGAGAGAGUUCGACCGAAUCGCCUUCUUCCGUAGAUACAGCUACAGCAGCAGCAGCAUCAUCAGGUGCAGCAGCAACAGCAGCAGAUGCAGCAGCACCAGAUGACGAUGUUAAUACAGUUGCUGCUGAGGGAGCAGCAUGGGGAGAUGCAGCACUGGAGGAGCUGCAGAUGUUGUCUCUCCUAAAGGAUUUCUCUUGGUCUCUUAGGGUUGGUGAGGAUGGUGCAGCAGCAGCAGCAGCAGCUGCUGCUGCUGCUGCCACUGUUUCUGCGACAAGAGGCCGCGCAUUCCUCGUCGUUAGUGGCAACCCCCGCGUUGUGACGUGGCGGCCCCACAGUCCGGCGCGCGAAGGGCUGGAGGGUGGAGAGCAGCAGCAGCAAGCUGCUGCUGCUGGAGGUGCUGAUGCUGUUUCUGUUGUUGCUGCACUUGCUGCUGCUGCUAGCGAGCCAUCAGCAGCAACGCAUGAUGGUGUUGCUACUCUUGGUAGAGCUAGCGACUCGGGUGCCUCAUCAACAGAGGAGGAAGGGGAGUUGUUUCCUGAGGUGUCUAGACAGCCAGCAAGCGCUGCAGCAGCAGCAGCAGCUGCUGCUGCUGCUGCAGUAUCUGGCGAGCCGGAAGACGAAGGGGACUCGAUUAUGUUGUUAUCUCCCUUUUCCGCUUCUGUUCAAUCCAAUCGUUCUUCUGCGCAGCAGCAGAUGCAGAUGCAGCAGCAGCUGGUGCUGCUGCACCGGCAGCUGGAGGAGCAGCAGCAAGACACCUAUAUUAUACCCGGAUGGACAGGACUAAAGGCUGCAGUUGUCCCCCCUGGCGCGAUCUGCUGCGUGCGGCUGCUGCAGCAGCCGCAGCAGACACGACUAGCAUAUUUAUCGUUACCUCCAGGGAGCGAUUUAGAGUGUAUGGACAGCUCAGCGCCUCCGGAGGAGCGGCGACGACACUACUACAACAGCAGCAGCAGCAGCAGCAGAAUGCAGACAGCCUUGUGGCUACCAGAUGGACAAGGAUGGAGACCCCCCAUGUCUUUACGUGAUGAGAUCUUAAUGCUAACAGCAGAGGAGACAUUAUCUACUACUUAUGUGCUGCUGCAACAGGGACCCCGCCCGCUGCAGCGACUGCAGGAUUUGCUGCCUCCUUUGGUGCCUGCUGCUGCUGCUUCUUCUACAGCUGACGCUGCUGUUCACACCUACAUCCAACAGCAGCAAAACGGCCAGCAACAACACAGCAGCCCCCAUGCUGCGGCUGCAGCAGCAGCAGCUGCUGCAACGCGGUUGCCUGCCAAUGGCGGGGAAGCUGGUGCAGCAAGGAGUGGUGCUGCGGUUGCUGGUAGCAGCAGCAGCAGCAGCAACGGUGGCGAUGUUGUAGAAGCUGCAGAUGUUGCAACACCAGGUGGUUCUGUUGGCGGUGGUGUAUGGGAAGGUAGUGAGAGUGCCUCUUCCUCUACAAACAGCAGCAGCAGCAGCAGCAGUGGUAGCGGUAGCAACAGCAGCAGCAGCAGCAGCGUACGUGAAGAAUGGUUUGCUGCUGCUGAGACAAGGGAAUGGGUACGACAAGGUGUUCAUGUCUGUCAGCUGCGCCUAUCCGAGACACUAACAGCAGCAGCAAAGGUAGAGGGAACCGAUCCCCCUCCUUACCCCUUGCAUGUAUUUCAGGUAGGGGUUGCCUUAUGCGACGCACAGGGGUUCCUCUAUGUUGUUGAUGAUACCCCUAGACCAUCAUCCCCACCAGCAGCAGAACAGCAGCAGCAGCAGCAACAGCAGCAACAGCAGCAGCAACAGCAGCAACAGCAGCAGCAACAGCAGCAGCGUGUAAGGAGGCAGACGCUGCGGCGGUGCGGCAGACUAGAAGGGCCUCUUGUAGGGACACCCGGAUGCUGCGCCAUCAGCAGUAACGGAGAAACAUGGGCAAAUGUCUUCCUUCAUAGACACCAUCAACCUUCUGCUGCUGCUGCUGCUGCUGCUGCUGCUAAUGGGAUUGGUGCUGGAGGUAUAGCUGCAGCUGACAUCAGCAGCAACGGCAGCUUCAACACCAGCAGCAGCAGCAGCCCUGAGCGGACCCGGUUGGUGUCUGAGGAGGAGGGAUCAUUUCCUAUGGGCGUCUCCUCCUCCUCAUCAUCAUCGUCAUCGUCAGCAGCAGCAGCAGCAGCAGGGAGGGACCGUUGGCGCUGCUGCAGCAGAGGAGACACAAAGACACUGCAGCGUCUUGAGCAGGCAUUAGCAGGAGGAGACAUUGACGGAGGGAAAAGAAGUUGGCGAUUUACUUUGUUGCUAGAUGCAGAUAAAGGAAUAUUAGUUAUCUUUGUAGGAGGAAAAAGAGUUUACACAUGGCAGUGUUUGCCGCUGCUAGGUGGCCCUUUGCUGCCGGUUCUCCUAGAAAAGGAGACAGUUGGUUAUCGUUUUUGUGUCUCCUUAUCGUCACCAACACAAUCAGCCGCCCUAGUGUCUCUUCCUGCCUUAAGCGGCCGCGAGCUGCGGCAGAUUGUGGUGCAGCAGCUGCAUCACCGCAGCACGGAGUUCCUCCUUGUACGUAAUGCUGCAGCAGACCCUGCAGCACUUCUUGCUGUUGUUGCUUCUGCUCUGCUGCGCCUAGCUGAGGAAGGGCGCGCCACGCUGCAGCAGCGGGAAGCAGCUGACUCUUUUCAGCAGCACCAGCAGCAGCACCAGCAGCAGCAAUACAGGUUCCGCAGCACAGACGCAGGUGACCCCAUUGAGGGCACUGACAGAUUUGCCUUCGUAUUCAAACCCGACAGUGCUGCUCUCUGGCUGCUGCACUCAUGCAUUGUUGUCAGCAUCCGCACGCUGCAGCAGCAACAGCACGUACGCUGGAUCCAGCAGCAGCAACAGCAACAACAACACGAGACACCGCACGAGGGAGCGCAGCCGUCAACGUAUUCUGCAGUAGGAGCAAGUAGGAGAGCUUGCGCUGCUGCUGCAGCAACUGAGAGCUGCUUACUGUCUGCAGCAGUCUCCAUGUUGCGUCUCUGGUCGUUGCUGCUUCCUUGCUGCGCAGCAGCAGUAGCUCAGCGUCAGCCGGGUGGCAGCACACGGGGCCUGUACACUGCUGCUGCAGCAACAGCAGCAGCAGCACUUGAUAGCAGGGUUAGUCUCCUUGAGGAGUCUGUGUCUCCGCGAGUAUUGCUCGCGGAGGCGGAGGCAGCUGCUCCGCUGUUGUCUCCUGUGCCUGCUGUCGCUGAGUGUCUUGCCCACAGCAGGCUGGGUGCUACAGGAGUCUGCUGCUGCAGCGGUAACGGCAGCAACAGCAGCAGCAGCAGUUGCUGCUGCUGCAUCGAUCAGUGUUCAUCAGGAUUACAGUUGCCGCGUCUACCCACAACGCCACACUGGGCAGCGCAGCUAAGAGCAGCAGCAGUAGAGAUUUCUUGUGGCACUCGUGUUGAGUGUCUACGGUUGUUGGCCACAGCAGGCUUGUUGCCAUUUGCUGGCGGCUCGGUGGCAGCAGCAGCUGCUGCUGCUACUGCUGCAGCAACAGCAGCAGCGGCUGUUGCUGUCGGUGCAGGGAGGUCAGAUAUACGAAGUGGUGGAUUCACACUUACACAUAGAUCAAGCGAUGCUGACAGCUUCCCUACCUUCUCGGGUGCAACACGUGCUGCAGCAGAAGCCUUCGUGGAGACGCUGCCGUUAAUUCUGCGGUGUCUCGACACCUUGGGCGUCCUUGUUGCAGGCCCGCAAGCAGCUGCUGCUCUCGGUAUGAGGCAGCAGCAGCAGCAGCACCAGCAAACCUUUUCUCCAGUGGAAGUAGUUGCACUAGCAGGUGUCGCAUCCAACGCACUGCAUGCACUCUCCAGCUGCAAUGCUGCUGCUGUAGCGGCAGCACACUGCCCAGCCCCUCUGCUGCUGCAGCUGCAGCAGACGCUGCUCCGUAUUGGCAGGCUUCCGGCUGCCAUACCCCUUCAAAAGGCCUUUGCAAGCAGCGGCAGCACAAGCAACGGGCGUAGUAGCAGUUUUAUGAGCGACGAUGUGCAGCAGCAGCAGCAACAGCAGCAGCAGCAGCAGCAGGACCAACCACAACAACAACAGCAGCAGACAGAGGAUGGAGCUUUCGAGUUGUCUGCAUCACAUCUUUCUUGUUUGGCAUUGAGGGCCUUGCGGCGGUUGCUGCUGCAGCAGUUUGCUGGUGUUCGUCGGGGGUUGUUGCAUGCAGUGGAGGAGACGAUCCUGGUGUGCCGCUGGCGCGGUGUGCAUACAGCGAACAGCCGCGAUCAGCAGCAACAGCAACAGCGGAGACGGAGGAGCAGCAGCAAAGCUGCAACAGCAGUACCACUUACACAGGCGGCGACGGCAGCUGCAGCAGCAGCGCAGGGAGCAGCAGCAGCAGAAGCAAGGCCAUUUGAGCCGUCUUUUGCGGUAUCCUCCGAUGGCAGCAGUGACGAAGGCCGGUCCUCUCACCCAAGUUCGCCAGUUCAAAGCACGGCAGUUGCAGCAGCAGCAGCAGCAGCAGCAGCAGCAGCAGGACAGCAAGAAGUGUCCUCUCUAUCGGCAGCAUUAGCAGCGCAAGCAAGGGCUCCGCUGACGGAAAGACGUCAGGAGCAGGACGAACAACAACAGCAGCAGCAGCAGACAACAAACUCACCUCCUGCAGCAGACAGCAGCAGCAUAGCAGGCAGCGUCUCGAGCUUGUGCCCCACAGAGAGUAGUCUAACAAUGAAAGUGCGGGACAGGUUGCAUCUGCUCGCCCAGUCAAUUACAUGUAUAUUUGCUGCUCUUCAAUGCAGCAGCAGCAGCGACAGCAACAGCAGCAGCAGCGAGAGGUUUCGGGUCCCGCCUGAUGGGGAAGUGCAGCAAGUGGUUUCUGUGGUGUUGCUGCAGCUGCUGCUGCUGCUACGCUUCAGGCGGCACUCUCUUGUUGAUGCAUUGCAGCUGCUGUUGAAGCGGGAACCCCCCCUUGGCACAGGCGGAGUCCCUCGCCCUGAGUCACCCCCUGUGAGGGUAGCUUUGCUGCUGCAGGAGGUAGAUGCUUUCCUGCUGCGGGUGCUGCCCCAGCUCAUGCUGCUGCAGGGAGACCUGACAGCAGCAGCAGCCAGGGCGGACACCGCUGCUGCUGGUCUCUCUACCGUGAGCAAGGCUCUGCACGCACGGAUGGACAUCACCAGCAGCAGCAGCAGCAGCAGCAGCAGCAGUUCAGGUAUUAGUCUUAGCGAGAGCAGCUGGGAUGAGGGCUAUACAAGGGAGUCCCGCGAAGAUGCUGCGGUGUACAUACUGGAGACACCGCAUCCAACUGUCCCCUUUGAAGCACAGCGUUUUGUCUUAGACUUCUCUUCAAAGUGGGGGGCGACAGAGCUGCAUCACGUUCCAGCAGCAGCAGCAGGAGCAGCAGCUGCAGGCGGGAGCGGUGGUGCAGCUCAAGGCCGCAAUCGACGAGCGGCUGGAGGGGGCAGCGAUCUCAGUGGGGGCCAAACAGCAACAGGAGCGGCAAGCAGCAGCAGCGGGGCGAGCUCGUUGCUUGGGUCGUCACGACAAAGGCCUUCUGCUGCACCAGCAGCUCCCUGGCUGCCUAGCGAGGGGGGCCCUCCUCCCCCUGCUGCGCGGCGUCUCCGUGUGCAGAUCGACCCCAGAAGCCUUGCUGCAGCACAAAAAGGAGAAGUUGUAAUCAAGGUGUUAACUGCGCAAGGCCCCAAAACCCAUAGAGUGCGGGAGGGGACGCCGACACGGCUACGUUUCAAGGACGUUAGAAAGCUCGAGAUAUACGUGAGCUUGUGCAAUAAGGGUGGCGACUGGGGGUUGCGUGUGGUGGUGGAGGCGACGCGACGGCGUCUUGCGUUCUCCGCUGGGGGCCCAUGCCAGCUACGUUUGCUGGCAGCAGAUACCGUGUCUUCUUUGCUGCUGCACUUAGCAGAUGAUGUAAGUCCGCUGCGGUCUUGGGGAGGAAGAGGGGGCCUUACAAGGGAUAUUGACUCACUGCAGCAACUGGGGGGCAGCGACUUCCUCCUUGCAUGCAGAGCUGUCAGCAACUUGCUGCGCACAAGCCUUGCGCGUCUGCAGCCGCCAGAGCUCUGGUGCUGCUCGUAUGCAGAUAACCCCUCGUUUAUCACAGCAGCAGCAACAGCAGCUGGAGGCAGCCCGCCCCUCGCACGCCCCACGCCCUGCGUAUCUAUCCCAUGGUCAGCAAGCCGAGCCGCCCUCACUGCUGCGGACGCGCAACUGCUUCAGCAGCAGCACCACCAGCAAACAGGUAUUGUGCCUGGUGGUGCUGCUACUGCUGGUGGUUGGGUGUGGGGAGAGGAGAGUGCUGGUUCUCUCCUCUCCGAGUUUAUUUGUCUUGGCAGCAUGCGCAUGCAGCAGCUCGAGGCGGUGCUGUCCGAGCCGUUGCCGCUGCAGCUGAAGCAGCAGCUACCAUCUUUGCUGCCGGGGUCGUUCUUGCGCAUGCAGUGGCUUGAGAGGGCAGUCUUUGCUGCACAUUUAUGGGCUGUACCCUGUCUAUACUCGGUAUUCAAGAACCUCCUUUGCUCCCUGGAGCGGCGAGGAGCGUCACAGCAGCAGGAGCAGCAGCAACAGCAGCAGCAACGACGACCUCCUUCGCUGCUCCUAGCUGCUCUGUGGCAUUACGCGACGCAGCAGGCGAGGCUGCAUUUGCAUGCAAAGGCGCAGCAAGCAGCAAACAUGGGUGGAGGAGGAACAUCAAGGAAGAAUCCGCAGCUGUACUUCAGUGCGGGCAAGGCAGUAGAGGCAGCAGUCAUAGCGGUGAAGGCCAUUGAGCUGCAGCGGCUACCGAACGACCCUGUGGAAGAGUUCGUUGCUGCUGUUGCUGCGGCAGAAGGCUCAGCAGCAGCCACCAGCAGUGCCAGUUCAGGGAACCAACUGUCGCUGCGGCAGAUAUACGCGGGUCUCGUAGAGCGGCUCAAGCGGCACGCUCCGCUACACGCAGCGCUGCGGCUGCUGCUGGGAGACGUCGAUCCCACCUCCCUCCGCAUAGCGCUCGAGCUGUUGCAGGGCUUGGGCUUGAGGGUGGGGGUGGCCGCAAGGGGGCUGGCCGUGCUGCUGCAGCAGCUCCAGCUGCAGCGGCUACCUUCGGUGGAUCGCCAUACUACCAGCAUCACUGCUGCCACCACCAACGGCUGCAGGAAUGGCAGCAGCAGCCGCAGCAGCAGCAGCACAUCGCAGCUCACUUGUCUUGCGGUGGAUUCUGUAUGGAGGCUGCUGCGCCAUCUGCAGAGCGUCUCAGUGACCUUCUUGGGGCCCCCAGGGGCUGCUUCGAUUCCCGCCCCCUUUGCUGCAGCAGAAUUGCAUAGGUGUUUGGUGACGGACUAUGAAGUGGUUUGCCGCCCCUUCUACGCGUAUUUGUUCGAAGGGCGUCCCGACUGCGAUGGUGAUCCUCAGCCACUGCAUCACCAGUUGCAGCAGCUGCAGCAGCAGCAGCUUCCUUGGGUUCCUCCUGUGGCACGUCUGCUGCUGCAGGACCGUCGCAGCCGCUGUGGCGGCAUCUCGUCAGUGGCGGGAUUGGCAGCUCUCUGCGAAUCUCUUGCUGCACACCUUUGGGGGAGCGGGUCUGCUGCUGCUUUCCAGGUGCUCCGCAGCGUUGGGGUGGAUGCUCAGGGGCUGACAGCAGCAAAUGCUGUUGUGGAGAGGGCAUGGCUCGUUCCCCACCUCCUCCACCUCCUUAUGCUGCUGCUUAAAUCCAGCUUGGAAAGGCAGCAGCAGCAGCAGCAGAAGCAGAGCGUGGCAGAUCGCACUUCGCCCAGAGGCGACGGUGAUGCCACAGCAGCAGCGUCGAGGGCUUGUGCUGCAGCAGCUGCUGCCGAAGACGUAGCGUCUGUGAGCAGUUGCUGUGCGACUGUCAUGCGGUCGACGGGCGACGCGUUGCAACGGCUGCUGUCGUGGCAGGCUGCCUUAGUGGCCCAAGACACAGCGGCAACAGCAACAGCCGCAGAAAUAGCAGUAGCAACAGCAACAACAGCAGGAUCAACACCAGCACACACAACGAAGGCUCCUCGAACGUCUGCAGCUGACGGGGGCCGCCGUGGCAGCAGCAGCAGCAGCAGCAGUAGGCAAGCGUGCGUUUGCCCGAGUGAGGCCUUGGUAGACGCGGCCGUUGUUUUUCUGCCAGUCUCGUGUGAUGCAACAGCAGCAGGAGCAGCGUCAGCACGUGCAGCAGCAGCCGCAGCCGCAGCAGCUUCAGCAGCAGAUCAGUGCAGCAGCAGCACCUCGGGUUUGACGGGAUGGCACAGAGGGUCUCCUUGGGAAGAAGUCCCCACAGCACCUCAGGGAUGUGCACCAAUCCGCAUCAGCACUCGCGGCGCCCGUUUGCUCCAACAGCACUUCACGAGGACCCAGCGGCUGCUGCUGCAGACAGCAAAGGGGCCUUGCUUCGUGGAGGUGUGGGUUAGGACAGUGGGUGCUGCGCUUGCUGAGUUGUCGGGGCAGGAGCUAGCGGCAGCCGGCAGCAGCAGCAGCAGCAGCAGCAGCAGCAGCAAGAAUAAACGCAGCGUCGUUGCAUUGGGUGUCGUUGACACACCAGGACCUGCAGAUGCUGCAGCCCGUUUGUCGCUGCCUCUGGAGGACAGGUUUGCUGUUGCGCCACCUGCAUUGCCAGGGGUGGGCGAUAGAGAAGAUUCCGGCACGGCAGCAGCAGCAGCAACGACAACAGCAGGAGCAACAGCAACAGACGGAGCCGCCACAGCAGGACCAUCAGCUGCAGGAACAACGACACCAGAAACAGCGACGGCCGGAUCAGGGACAGCAACAACGGGAGCAGGAACAGCAGGAGCAGGAACAGCAGGAGCUGCAUCAGCAGCAGCAACAGCAGCAGGGCGCGAGGAUCAAGCCAGGGACUUGCAUAGGAUUGAAGCUACCGUACUGACAUCAACAACAGCAGCAGGAACAGCAACGGAGAGGAUUGUCACCUUCACGCACAGAACACCUUCCCCUCUUAAGGGAGUACCUGCGCAGCCCCUUCUGCGAGUGUGGGGCCCCUCUCAAGAGGCCCUCAUGGCUGCUGCUGAAGCUGCUGCCUCUUGCCGCUGCAGGCUCGCCAGGGCGGAAGCCGCUGAGUCCGCAGGGGAUGAAGAGCAGCAGAAGGAACAGCAGCAGCAGCAGGGACCGUGUUACUGUGAGUGUGGGUGCCUGUUUUUCCUGGAGGGGACCAAGGCGCCUUCAAGGACUUGUCCUCCAGGUGUGCGUGUGGCAGCUGCGCUGCGUAUUGCUCCGUCGACAGCAGCAGGAGCAGCAGGGACAGGUGGUGGGUGCAGCAGCAAGAAUUUGUUCUCCUUGCUUGGGUUGUUUGGGGAGCUGCAGCAGCCGAUGCCUCGCGUGCUGCAGGCUGCACAGCGGCGGAGCCUUCGUGCGGCAGCAGCUUCUCUGCCCGCUUCUCUUGGCUCUGGUGUCUUAAGCGAACUUCACUUGGGGCUGCGGGCGCAGCUGCGGGUGGCAAAGGAAGCAGCAGAAGCACUGCAAAUUCAAAAGCUAUGGUUGGAGGCAGCAGCAAAUUGCUGCGAUCGCCUAUGGCUUGCAUUCAGGGCUUGUCUUGCUGCCUGCGGCUCUGCUGCAUCAACCUGUCUUGCCGAGGAAGACGCCCCCAGGCCCUUAGAAAAAGAGCAACAAACUCCGCAACAAAGUGACACCAGCAGCAGGAACAAGGACUGCUGCUGCUGCAAAAAUACAAUGCUAUCACCCAUGCAGGUCGCAUUAGAGGAAAUUGCGAGAGCCCUCCGCUGGGCUCUGCCCCACCUCGAGCACUCCCCCCAACAGCAGGGAUCGAGUGCAGCAGCAGCUGCAGCAGGAGUAGCAACAGGAAGGACAGCAGCAGGUGGUGUACCGAAUAGUGUGGAGGCUGCAGCUCCAGAAGAGCAGCAGCAGGAGCACCAGGAGCCUUCGGUGGCCCGCAGUAACGCUUCACAGUUCCUGCGUCUGCUCAGCGUGUCACCAUCCACAGGUGCAGCAGCAGCAGCAGAAGUGUCACCGGGAAUUGUACAGGCGGCAGCAGACCACUACCUGCACAUGACACCCACGCUGCUGCAACAGGAGUCUCCGGGAGUGGGUCUGGGUGCUUCAUUCCUUUCGGACAUGAUGUGGCUAUGUGUAAUUUCGCCCGAGCAGCGGCAGCAGCAGCAGCUGCAGCAGCAGCGGCGGCGACGGCGGCAUAAGGUGGUUGGCUCCAAAACGAAGCGAAGACCUUCCUUGUGCCUGGUGGCAGAGACAGUUGGGGUGUGUCUGCUGCAGCAGCUGUUGCGGUGGCUGGUACAACACGCGCAGAGGCGACUCAUCGGGCUAUGGCUACUGCAGCAGAAGCACGAAGAGCUGCUGCAACGUCUGGUGGCGACGGCUUGCUGCGGUCGCCCUCUCCUCGGUCGCCUGUCGUUGCGUCUUGUACACGCAGCUGUUGUUGCUGCUAGCAGCCCCUGCAGACGCUGCGGCCAUUCCGCUGCAGCAAACACCCUCGAUAUUGCUGCUGCUGCAGCACCGUUGCUGCCGAACCCUCCUUCUUGGCACAUGGCGUCACUCACUGGCUUGGGAGUACGCGAAGGGGAAGGCUGCACAGGAGCUCCGGCAGCAGCAGCUGCUGCAGACACGCAGCAACAGCUGCAGGAUAGCGAUCGCUUGAAAGCCUCCGUCGUUGCGAUGGAAGCCGCACGAGGCCGGCCAGAAGCAGGAGCAGAAGCAACUGGAGUUGGAGAAGCAGCAGCAGCAGCAGCAGCUAGUUGCUCUCUAAGUUUGCUUCGUCCUUGGGGGAGCAGUGUCUCGCUGCGUUAUGUGCUGCUGCGUUGUGUCUUUCCCUUGGACCUGGACAGCCCCAGUUGGUGGCGCCUAGAAAUUUCUUUGCCCACAGCAGAGGCCGAAGUCGUGGCUCUCACUGGAUAUGAUUGUAAUGAUAGCUCUCUGCAGCAGCACCUAACCUCCGUGUUCGGGCGGGCUGCCUUGCAAACCAGCCCCAAAGCAUUGAAUGCAUCUGCCGUCCCCGAUGCAUUUCCUGCUGCAAUAGAUAUUGUCGCACUCCCGGUACCUAAGAAGGGUACAGUGAAGCUUCGUACCCUCGACAAAGCCCUCAGGCCUGCACGUCUGUUGCUGCCACACGCCGUCAUCCACCGAGCCGCCCCCCGCACAGCAGCAGCAACAACAACAGCAACAGGAGCACCAGCAGCAUCCGGAGUGGCAGGGGGAACCCCCGAGCAAUACUUUCCUCCUUUAGAUCCCAUGCGUUCUUUGCACCUGUGUGUGGUUACGUUAGAGCCGUUCGCGAGUGGCUUUUCGGUGUCUGUACACCGCAAAUCUGAGCAAAUCGCCAAAGGUCUUCGCAGGCGGCACUCCCUUAAAGAACUCCUCACGACAACAUCGGGGGGCGACGUGGGGUCGUCAUCUUCUUUUAUUCGUGUGCCGCUGCAGCAGUUGCCCAUCAGAGACCCAUGCAACCUGGCCACUGCACGUCGGCAGAUGCAACAGCUGCAGCAACGACAGCAGCUACAGCAGCAGCAGCAGCAGCAGAAACAGCACCAGCAGCAGCAGUCGCGGACGGACCUGCAACACUUGCUACAAUGGCAGUGGGCUGGUCUCUUUGGCCAGUGGGAGUUGCAGUCGCAGAGUGCAAAGCUGCAACGGGCACUUGUUCUGCAGGACCUGCGGAGGGGAGCAAAAGUAGGCGAGAAGCUGCAGCAGCAGCUGCAGGGGCAACACAACGACGUCUCAGCAGACGCUCUUUCGCAGCUGCGAGCAGCGGGAGGCGAAUUUCUCGCGGGUCUGCUGCAGCAGCUGCAGCAUGCAGUCCAGUCGGUUGCUGCAGCAUCCGCUGGUUUCCGCGUGCAGCCUCUGCCGGUUUGCGAGUUGAUAUCAGCAAAGGAAGCAGAAGCACGGGCAGCAGCAGCAGGGAAAGGAGAUGCAGCAGCAGCAACUGCUGUUGGUGCUACCAAAGUGUACCACUUCUUGCAUUGGGAGACAGAUGAAGACACCCUGCAGCGACUGAGAGCAGCAGUGUCUCGGGCUCAGGCAGUGCUGCGGGUGUUAUCACUUAAGACUGGCAGUACGGCUCAAUCGCCUCGUGCGUUGCUGCAUGAGUUAACCGGUCUAGCUUCUCCAUCCACCACAUCCCCGCUGCAGGAACAGCAGCAGGCGCAGCAGGCGCAGCAGCAGCAGCCGAAGACCGCGGACAGCAGCAAAGUGAAAGGGCUCUCCUCGUGGGCUACACCGACGGUGUUGCUGCACUAUUGGGCAGAUGCGUGGGAGUUGUUCGAUCCCGAUGAGAGCUUGUGCCGCCUUUGGCAAUCCCUCUUAUCACCUGCGGUAGCCUCAGAGGAUGCUUCACAGCAGCAACUGCAACGGCAGCAGCAGCAGCAAGAGCAACCACAGGUGGUGCAGCCUAGGAAGGAUGCAGCCGGUCCCACUACUGCCCUUUCAACAACAGCAAAGUGUAGCACCGGUAGCAGCAGCAGCGGCGACAGCAGCAGCGGUAGCUGGAUGCAGCAACGGAUGCGCCCGCAGAUCCUGGCGGAUGCGGAAGAGGAUGUGUUUUGCUGUCGUCUAUUGGAGCUGCUACCGCCCGUUGCUGCUGCAGCCCUGACAGCGUUUCUGCUGCAGUUGCUGGAGGACCUUGUGCGCGUCUGUAGGGAGAGAGGAGACACCUCUCUGCGGGCAGCAGAUACACCGCAGCACGCUGCCAGCAGCGAGGCAAGAGCCCUUCGCCUCAGCCUGUUAGGCGACCUGAUCCACGUUGUAGGUGCUGUCUCUGCAGCUGCUGAAGUGGUGCAGCAGCAGCGCCAACAGCUGCAGCAAAAGCCGCAGGAACAGGAACAUCAACCGAUUUGCCCAGCGCUGCACAAGACUGACAGCGAGGGCAGGAUGUGCCUUGCCCUUACUGCAGAAGAAGGCUCGGCCUACCGAUUUGUUUCCUUGAUGCUGCAGGAGGUGUCUCCUAUGGCAGCUUGCGCGCUGCCGCUGCUUCGGGCUGCUCCAAACCCCGCGGCUCUUGCCGCGGCUGCUGCAGGUGGCGAUGAGCGGGACAGCAGCACGAAGCGGAAGCCAUUUGCCGACAACAGCCUGCAGCUGCGGCCAUGCUGCGAUGGAGACUCUUCGGUGUCUCGGCAGCAUAGCGACACAGCACAGCUACAGGGCAUCAAGGCUGACGUUUCUUUCACACUAAUGCGGCUGCUUUCCGCAGCAGCAAGAGCAGCUCUGCAUCCUGAAGCAGCAGCGAAGGAGCGAUGCCCUCCUCUUGAGGCAACACUAGCGGGAGCAUCUGCAGCAGCAACAGCAGCGACAACGACAGCAACGAAAGCAGCGUCCAGGGAGAGUGCAGAAGGUCCAACUACUGCUAAGCCUAGACGGAGGCCUCGGGCAUUGGUUCGGGUGUCUCUGCUUCUCCGCAUGCUUCAACAGUGGGGCUUUGUGUGUCUGCCGGCGCGUGAUGAGAAUUCGUUGCAGCUGCUGAAGUGUAUCUACAGCGCUGCUGCUCCGCAUGCUGCUGCUGCAGCAGCCUUUACAGCUACUGCUGCAGCGGCCAACAGCUGGCAACAGUGCCCAGAAGGCGCGGUGCCAUGGAGUGCAGUGUGUCGGGUGGCGGGAUUGCUGCCAGGACUUUUGCUGCACCUGCAGAAGGGACCGACAGGAGCGGCAGCUCGUCAGAAGGUGCUGAAGAGUUUGCUGCGGCAGACUGCACGUGUAGGCCUGACCCGGCGUGAUGUUUCUUGGAUUAUAGAUUCGGCUGAAAAAGGCGGAGACAGGACUGUUUCCGCAAGUGACGUAGCAACUGCAGCGGAAGCAGCAGGAGACACGUGCCCCGUCGAGUAUGCCUGGGUGUUGCAGUCAGGCCAGAGAGCAGUAGACUGCGAAGCCUUCGCUGACGACCUGGCGGCUACUGCAGGUGCUGCUGCUGCAACGGAGUCUGCACAUGCCUCUACCUUUUCCGUCACGCGUCAGCCGCCGCCUUACAAGGGUCACGUGAGCACGGGGCAGCUGGAGCAGCAGUUCUUGCUUACCCGCUGUUGCGGCGCGUGCACGAAAGGCCCGAAGAGACGUUCUAAAACGCACGCAGCAGCAACAUCCGGUAGCAGGACAAGAGCACCUAAUUUUCCUACUGGGCCCGUUGAUGUAUGUGUUCAACGCCUGGACUCUGCAGGGCGCGUGCGGCGCUCACUCGUCCCGACCUAUUCCGUGUGGGAGGGAAGCAGCGAAGGGGAGACGGAUUCAGAGGGGCGGCAGCAGCAGCACCACCAGCAGCAGCAGCAGCUGUUGCUGCGCCAGGAGUGGAGAAGGGGUGACGUCGACGCGGACUCGCUCGAGAGCUGGACCGAUAGAGGCUCGGAUGGGGAAAUGUCUGAUCGGCAACAACAGCAGCAGCAGCAGCAGCGGGUGGUGAUUGCAGUGAUGCGACGGCGGCCGUCAGCUGCAGCAGCUGCUGCUUCGCGGCGGCCUGCUGCCGCGUCGAGCUCUGGGGAAGGAGGUGAACAGGAGAGAGAGAGUGACUCAGAAACAAACGGGUCUCUCAGAGAAGGAGACCUGCAGCUUGUGCUGCCACUAGAAGAGGAGGCAUGGGCUGACGGGACAAUUCAACUGGAAAGCGAAGAUGCAGUGACGCUCCUGCGGUUCUUCCGUGGGAUGCUCGACGACAGUAGCAACGGUAACAGCAACAGCAGCAACAGCAGCUACAGCAACAGCAGCAGCAACACCAACAGCAAUAGUAGCAGUAGCAACAGCACCACGAGCAACAGAAGCGGACGCAACGGCGGUAACGGCAGUGCUGCGAGGCAGCAGCAAAGGCAGCAGCCGACAGCAGAGUCGGAGGAUGCAGCAGAAUGGACAGAGGACGAUGGGGAGUCUGGGGAGGCCGAAGCCCGAUCGUUCUUGCAGCAGCUCCUUUCUGCUGCUUCUGCUGCUGCUACUGGCGCUACCACAGAAACUGCGGCACAAACCGGCUCGACAAGGGUACUGCGCGUCGUCGGUGUCCGCCGCACGCUCCGCAGGCCCCGCACGCCGAGCAGCAGCAGCCGUAGCAGCAGCAGCAGCAGCAGCGACAGCUACGUAAGCAGCAGCCGAACAAGGUAUGCCGGUCGCCGUCCUCGGGGAGGCUGGGGUGAGGGCGGAGAUUCAGCAGCAGCAGCAGCAGCAGCGGGAGCAGAUGCAGGAGGGAACACUGGAAGCUUGUGGGAGGCUGCUUUAGUGCGGCGGCGGUUGCGCGCAGCUGAGCCAAGCUUGACGUUUGAGGACAUACACAGCGCAGGUGAGACUGUGUCUGACUGGGAGGGGCCCAUGGGCCGUUGGGGAGACAGAGUACCACCAUCGCGAACCGGCAGCAGCAGCAGUAGCAGCAGCAGCAGCAGCAGCAGCAGCAACUGUAAUGGCGGUUGCUGCGUGCUGUGCGGCUCCCCUUUAUGGAGACCUUCAAUCCUCACGAGGCCCAGGGGCUCUCCUGCUAGUGUACGGCCACUUCCUGCAGCUGCAGCGUCCCUUGCAGCUUUCCCGUUUGGGCUUCUGCCGGCUGCGGAGGCAGCUACGCCAGCUACAAACGAGCAGCAGCAGCUGUUGCAGCAACAGCCACACCGGCUCACCGUGGAUUCGAAGCUGGGCAGGCGUAGCAGCGAGAGCAGCAGCUGCAGCAGCAGCUUCAGAAGCUGCAUCGGCAGCAACGGCGAUGGGCCUUCCCGUAGGCUGCGCGCGUUGUCACGCGGCCUCUCGACUUCCGUCGGCAGCACUUCAGCAGCAGUGGAUGCCGUGGCUGCUGCUGCGGCUGCCGCUGGAAGUGGGCAGGAGCCCUUGAGGAGGGCUUUAAGUGACAGUGAGUGCGUGCUUUUGCCGCCAUCCCGCUGGCAGCAGCUGCAGCAGACUCAGCAGCAUUCUCGUUUGAAGCGGAGACACACAGGAGGCUAUCCUUCUGUGCGCAGUGCCCAUUUGCGUCUGGCAGCAAAGGCACGGCUUUGCCGCUUGCUGCUAUCGUGUUACAACCUUGAAGGAGGAGACGCUUCUGGGGGUUCUUCUGGUUUGGGCUCUUUGGGGCUGUGCUGCCGUUGCGCCGGGCUUAGCGUUUCUUCCUUGGGGUCUCGGCGGGCCACUGGUUGGCCAUCUGCGGGUCACGCUGGCGGCACAGCAGGAGGCACUCGAGUUGGUCCACCGGGAGCAGCAGUGGGUGCUGCAGCAACAGCUGCAAGUGCCGCUUCCUCGAGCGCUGGUGCAGAUGCUGUUGCUGGUGGUCGCGUGCCUUACUCUUUGUCGUGUGUAGAUGAGUGCUUGUAUGGAGACGAUGCCUUUAGUUUGGCACCUUUCGGGGGACCCGCGGGGCAACUCGUGGUGAGAUGUCCCCGCUGUGGCGGGCGCCUCUGUAGUGUUCGCCCUCCGGAGGUUGAAGGGAAAUGGCGUUGUGACGGUUUGAACCCUGAAGGCAGAUGUGCAGCAGGCCUCAUGGAAUUUCGCUCCUGGACAGGUGCACAGAGACACCGCUGCAAAAUUGAUGACUUCGACUACUGUAAGCUCUGCCAUAUGUACAAAGCGGUGUUGAACAGAAGAAAGUCCGUCUGGCGCGUCGACGGCAGCCGCACGCUGCUGCUGCCCGAAGACCCACCAAGCGUACACAAGGGCAUCUUCGUUUGGCAGCAACCUGUUGCUGCUGCUGCUGUUUCAGCAGGUUCUGGUGGUCGGGAUGCCUCUGGCGCCGAUGCGGAUCCACCGAAUGCCAGCCUGAGCGCCAGCCCCGUACCUAGUAGCAGCAGUACGAACGGCAGCCGCACCAGCAGCAGCAGCACCAACAGCAGCAGUGAAGGGCCAACAGGUCUGUGGGGAGCCCUGCGUGCAGAUGCGUUGCGGCCUCUGCCUCCUCCAGAUGAGCGGGUGGAGGCGUGGGUGACGAAUCGGUUGCACGGAGGUGCUGAAGGUGCUGCUGCUGCUGGCGUGCUGCUGUGUCUGCCGAGCAGCCUGGUUUCUCCUCAACCCCCCAAGGGGAACCCCGCAGUUAUCCAGGCUAUAGAAGCUCCUGCUUCGUUGCCCGCGCUAACUCGUCAGCAUUUGGCGCGGCUCGACUGCACGGGCCUCUUCCCCCUGUAUCACAAAGAUGCCGAGACACUGCGCGUGGAGGGCUUUCGUAGCCCCAACGCCAAGUUCUUGACGCUCAUCCUCAUGUCCGAUGAAAACGUAUGGCCUCUUGUCAUCCAGGCCAGAUACCAAGAUUCAUCCAACAGCAAAAGUAGCAGUAGCAGCAGCUCGGCUGGAUCCGGCGUCGACGGGCAGCUGUUUGCUUCUUCGGACAGUCUUCUAAUCAGCAGCUAUGUGAAAGGACACUGGAGCGGAAGUGCCAAGACCGAACCCGCCAGGCGAUCGCCGUCCCCGGCCAGGGGACCUGCCGUUGCAGUACACGCUUCUUCUAAAUCUGAUGGCGGCAGCAGCAGCAUCUGUGGGGACGAUGGCAGAUGGUACGUGGACAUACACCGGGUGGCUGGCUCCGGUGCGAGCGCGCUGCGCUUCAAGGGGACAAUCUACGUGAACGGACAGGUGCUGUAUUGGCGGCUGAGCACUCCUGUUGCAGCAACAAACCCUCCGCGUUUUGUGGCAGUAGGAGGCGCUGCUGCAGGCCGCAAGGACAUGGCAGUCUACUUCUCUUCACAUCUCAACAGACACCUAGAGCUGCUCCUGCCGCCCACGCUGCAACAACUCCACAGGUUCCUGUUCGCAGACCCUGACGAUUGUGUCUCCUCUAUGCCUCCUCCCCACGCUUCGUGUACUGCUCCUGCUUCAGCAGCAGCAGCAGCAGCAGCUGACGAGCAGCAUCAGCAAGAGCAGCAAGUCCUUCGACUGUGCACCGAAGCCACAAGGACAGCCCUGCAGCAGCAGCCGGUGCUGCAGGUGCAGCUGCCGGUCGAUACCCAACAGCGGCAGGGCCUUACUGCAGCGGUUCGUUGCUUUCAAUGGGAGGCAGCAACCCAGGCUCAGAACCUGCUGCUACAACUGCUAUUGCAGCAACCCAAAGCUGCGCUAGCUCUGUGGCCGCAGCUUUUACGCACGUUGGCCGACCUCCUUAGGGCACGGCCGUCUCUUCGACCAGUUGUGGCGGAGCUCCUGGUGCGGGUGUUGCGCGCUGCAGACGCAGCAGAACAAGAACCUCAGCAGCAGAAGCAGCAAGUCCUGCUGCAACAGCAGGCCCGAUUCUGGGCUGUGGUGCCCCGUUCGUUGCCGAACGUCCGUUUGGGCGCCGAGCUCCUCAUACAGCUGAGGAGCCUGUGCCUGGUGGGGCUGAUGUCUGUCGGGCUUCUGGAGCUUCACUUCAAUUCGGAGUUCGGCGCCUUCAGGGCGCUUGUGGAGGCUCAGGAGCGAAAAGAGGGGACAGAAACAGGAGAAGCAGCAGAAGCAGAGUCAGACGCAGCGCCGAAAGACGAGGUCGAGGAAGACACAGCGCAGAUGACAGCACCUGAAGCGGCACGAAGCGUGCUGCGGCAGGUGGCGUCGGAACUGCUUCACCCGCCUCUCCCUUCCCCCCCGCGGCCGCUGGUCCUCCGUCAGACCAUCAACGGGCGGUCCACUGGUCAGGUGCUGCGGCGCAGCGCUGCCUCCACCCCACCGCUUGUGGGAGUCGAUCCCGUGCGGCUUUCGCGCCAAGGCUUCUUGAACCCAUCGAUGCUGUUGUACGAGAUGGGGCAGGAGACAUCUCACCCAUACAGCCCUGUUGCAUCCUUCAGCGCCAGCGCAGAGGCCUGUGUCCCGCACAGUUGGGCAACUGCGGCAGGCGAGCAGCAGCAAAAGCAGCAACAGCAUGCACAAGAGCAGCAGCACAAUGAGAUCCACCCAGGCUCAGAUGCCCUUCGUUUGGAGGAAACCAACUGCAGCGAUCUUAGCGGCCACAACAGCAUAGACAGCAAGGAUGGUGCCUUCUGCCUGGGCGUUUCCCCUUUAUGUGGGGGGGAGUUGUCUCCUGACUUUUCAUGGGCCCGCGGUUGCGUCCUCCGCUUCUGCCGUCUCAGCGGCACUCGCCUUGGUGACGCUCUGAGGUUUUAUUCUCAGGGGGAGGAAGCGUGUGUUGCUGCAUACAGCGGGAGUUCUCUUCGGGUGUGGGGAAGGCCUUUGGUGCUUCCUGGCUUCGGCUUCGACUGCUCCUUUGCUUCCUUCGGACUCUGCUGCAGCGCCGCACCACUGCCGGAUCCCGCGGCCCCCAGCGACGGCCCUGGGAUGUGGCUGUCUCCAGAAUUGACAUCCCCUCUGCUGCCUGCAGACAGCUGGUCCCCCCAGGCUGCGGCGAUGGCUGCAGUAUCUCCAGAAGCAGGAGCAGGAGCUGCAACAACAGGAGACGCGGAUCCAGCUGCAGGUACUGCUACGGCGGCACUCCCCCACUGGGGGGAGGAGGGCGGUGCAGAAGCGGCAGCACGGCAGGCUGCGCUUAUUGCCGAUGAGUAUAUGCGGCUGCAGCACGCUUGUGACCAAGCUAGCAUGGGCCUUAAAUUAUUCCACAGUGCCACCGGCAGCAGCAGCGGGAGAAGCAGCAACGGCAGCAAGGCAGCUGACAAUGCAAGCAGCUCCACCACAACCACAAGCCGCGCAGAUAUCGCAGCCCCCAGUCUCUGGGGAUGGAAAUUUUGUGUCUCUGCGGCCAAUCGCCAAGAGCUGUUCAACGCAUACGCUGCCAUAGGACCUUCCCAUUGCUGCAGCCCUGGUGCACUCGACCCUCUACUACACGACCCCAAGGCAGCAACAGCUGCUGCCGCAGCAGCGCAGGAGCAGGGUGUCUACGAUGCUUUGACUCAUUCGUUUUCCCCCGUCUUGAGUGUAGCGUUGCUCCAGUGGCUGGUUUCGGACUUUUCACAGCACCCUGAAGUCCUGAGUGCUGCAAGCAAGAAUCCGCAAGUUGCUGCAGCUCUUGGGACGGAAGCUGCUGCAGCAGCGGCGGCAGGAGAGGCCUGCAGCAGUCUUGCUCUUGUGCCUGCGGCUGCAUUUGACCCAGCGCUAUUCCUCGGGCUUGUGGGGGCUGCAGAUGCGAUGGCCGCUGUGUCGCCGUUACCGCUUCAGGCUUCUGCUCUUGCUGUUGCUAGGAGUUUUGUCGAGAACGCGCCGUGGCUAAGCGCUGAGGGGGCCAACUCCGUGGACGUCGGUGGCUGUAGCAGUUCAGGAGGUGAACCUGCAGCAGCUGCAGCCGCUGAUAGAGGGUCCGUUUGUGUCCCCCCGCGGCCAUUGGCGUCUGCUGAUGAGGCACAGUUGCGGCGGCGAGUGGCUUGUCUGUGUCUGUGGCAUAUGGCGGACCUGAUUAGUAUGACUGAUAUGUGUAUGAUAGUGGAGAGCAUAGAAGGGGAUCUGCUGGGCCUAUCAGUAGGCCCCUUCUGGGAGGAGACUCUGUUACGGGGCAUGCUCUUCAAGUGGCUCCCGGCACCCCUCCUGUUUGCUGCGCAGACAGUCGCAGUGUUGAUGUUUGCCGCCUUGGGUGAGAACGCAAUGCAGCAACUGACGGCAGAAGCAUCUACAACAACAGAAGUGGAAGCAGCAGCAUUCCAGGCAGAUACGGAGUUCUGUGCCGUCCGCGAAGAGAUAACAGGAGCCCUGGCGCAACUCUGGGAGGUCCGGUGGAGACUAACACCCCGCCCCGGGCAUGAUACGAGACUCGCAAUACAGGAGUACCCAGUGGAGCGAUUGGCACCGUUUUUAUCCGAGUUGCUGGUGCGGCUGUACGCGCUGGGAGGGCCGCAGCAGAUUCAGACAACAGCGGCUAUGAAGAACUCUACAGCAGCAACAGCAGCACUGAACCACUGUGGAGGGUGCAGCACGUGGCCUUUAGCCAGAGUUCCCCUCCACCGCAUGCUUCUGCUUCUAGGGAGAGAUUCGCGGCGCUUGCAGCGAAAGGCCAUGGCAUUCUCUCAGUGUUGCUUCAGCAGUAGCCGAGUACAGCGGCAGCAGCAGCAACACGAACAGCAACAGCGUGAUGCUGUCCAGCAGUUUCCGCAGCAAGGCACUACGGCGGCAUCAAAGCCUUCUUCUCCUCUGGUAGAGGAUGGGAGGCAAACACCUCAGCGGGGAGUCUCCAGGGAUAGCAUGAACAGCACCAGAGCAAGUAAGACUGAACCGGAAUGCCUAGUGGUACCCAACCGCCUGCCUCAUGGCCAUCCUCUGGAACUGAUCCGCAGUGUGGGGCAGCUUUUUGUGCGGAGUUCGCAUCCCUAUGCACGAAUGGUUGCUGCAGCAGACACAACGGACGCCCCUGAAACAACCUACAUGAAGAAGCAGCAACUGCAGCAAGGUGGGUUACCCAUUGGACAGGAGGCCGGCCAGGUAGACUUGAUGGAUAGGCUACUGCUAGUUCACCCUGACGCCGCGGGCGUCUCUGUCACCUUUCGUUCACCAAACAGCGAUCUGUGUCCCUGGCAUUUGCUGUCGGUGGAGGCGCUGCCCCUCACAGACACGAGGCGGCACCUGCUGCGCCGAGUUCUUGCUGCCCAGAAUGCUCUCGAAACCCUGGAUGCGACGGCUACCAGUGCCUCUUCUGCUUCGUACUGCACUGCUCCUCCGCUGCAUGUUGCCAGACCCGCUUCACAAACUGCCACAGCAGCAGCGGCGCCUGCAGCAGCAGUUAUGGGACCCCAACAAGCUGCAGCGGAAGCUCGCAGGGCCUUAGCAGCACAAAUAGAGAAAGACAUCAGGGACUUGUGCGGUGGGGAAGAUAGCUGGGUGCCGGCACUGGAGGUCAGCAGCGCCUGGAGCGCCCCCACGUGGUACGGUGCGGAUUAUUCCCCUAGCUGUAGAGACACCGCGGUGGCCAAGCAUUUCGCGCUAGGACACUGCCCUGCAGGCCCAGGUGUAGCAGCAGGGUCGCCUACUGAAGAUCCUCCUGCGUCGACAACAAAUGGCGGUAAACAGGCUCUUGGGAAACUGCAGCAGCAGCAGCAGGUUGUGCCCUGUUCUGCAGGUUGCUGUAAGGGCUUCCCCAUAGUCCCAGGUUCAGUCCUUCGCAGGUUAACUGUUAACGAGCAACAAAACCGAAUGCAGCAACCGUUGUUGCUGUCCCAGCAGCCGGUUACACCUGUUGGGGAGGGCGACGCGCUGCAUGCAAGCGCAGGCAGCAGCAGGAACAGCAGUAGCAGUGGAGCCUCUUCGUCGGGCACCAGCCCUAUGAGUCUUCUGGAUAGAGCAACAAACCAACUUCUGCGCAUGCUACGUGGCAGUAGCAAGUCUACAAGCAGCAGCAGCACGGCAGAAGAUGGGGCUCAGCAGCGCCGCCCCGUGCAGCUGCCUCAGCGGGAUCGUCAUGGCAGCGUUGGCGAGGCGCGUCGCCGGUCCUGUGUGGCAGCAGCAGCAGCAGCAGCAGCCGAUGCUCCAGCAGCACCAUCUGCAGCAUAUCGUGUUGCACCAGGUGGCAGCAGUGUGAACAGCAGCAGCGACGGCUGCAGCUCAGCCAGCCCCUCCAGCUUGCCCUCCCCAGAUCUCAAGGCGGAAGAUGUAAUCCAUCUCCUCUCGGGAGCCCUCAUGCCUCGAGAAGCGUUUGCACUCAACGGUCGCUGGACGGUAGACCUUCGAGUGUGUUGGCAAGAAGAUGCUUCGGGUAGGCCCUUGGAUGCUUCGACGGGUCGGCCGCUGCUACAGAGGGAAGCGGGGGCCACGUAUAUCCGCAAAGGCGCCAGCAACAAAACCAGCAACCAGAAUGCAAAGGCAGUAUGCGGGCCUGAAAUCGGACUUGUGCCGGUGGCAUAUGGGAUCCCUUCAAAGGGCAGCAGCAGCAGCAACUGCAACAGCAACAGCAGCAGCGAACGGGGGUCGUCUCCUACGUCUCCCAAGCGUGUGGGGCAGGAGGAGAGUUACCCACUGAUUCCUUUGCCUGAUGACCGCUUCUUCCUCGUCUCUUGCAAGACUGACCUCGUGAAGGAGGAGCCGGAGCAACGUCAGCAGCCGGCAGCAGCCUGCGAGCUGCUUCCUGUGCGGGAGGGCCACUUUGCUCUUGAUGACGAGGUCAGUGGGGAAGGCGGAAGCCAACUGGUUGAAGAUGUUGGUCGUGUGGAGCGGUUGCUGCUGCAGUCAUACAGUGCUGCUGAUAUGAUGCCUCCAUGUUGUGCUACCUGGGUUUCAGAAGAGCGGGUGCACAAGCUGUCUAUACACCCAGGCAUUCCCAUCGGCAAAAAGGAUGCUUCCCAUAAUGAGGUUGCCGAUAUGCACAUUCUUGGGGCCCUCAACCAGCAGCACCAGCGCCUGCAGGCGCAGCAGCGGCAGCAACCACUGCGGCAGAACCACCGGCAAGAGCAGCAGCAGCAACUGCAGCCGCCUGGGGCGCUUCAAACACUCGGUGUAGAGACCACAAGAGCGGUGCUGUCGCUGGUGGACAGUGCGGAAGGGAUUCCCAGCACCCGCUCUUCCCGUCCGUCUGGUGACGCUGCUGCAGUUGCUACAGCAACUGAUGCCCCACUACCGACUUCUUCCAGGGAAAACGGUAGCCUGCCCCCGAGCAGCAGCAGUGGCAGCAGAGGCGGCAGCAGCCUGUGUUGGCAUCGGUUUGCCCCUAGCGGCGGGUGCGAGGGCCAGGGCCAGGUGGGGAGUAUCCGUAGUGUCCGUGACGACAGCGAUGUAUACGGAGAGGCUUCGAUUCUCGGCGACCUGCAUAUGCUCUUCAUGCGGGCCUGGGCGGAUAUGCAGCAGCAGAGCCCGCACAUACCUGGAGACGCGGACGCAGCAGCAGACGGAAGAACUGUCAAGGAGACAGUCAAAUGCUGCUCAGCUCUUCUCUCUAUCCAUGUUGAAUUCUUCCUUAGCCAGGCUCGACUCAUCCGUCUCAAGGAGGCUUAUAGCGACUUCGCCGCAGUCAAGCAACAGAUGAAGGGACUGGUUGCGCCUGUCGUGAAGUCCGCCAACCCUCCACACCCGCAGGACCCGGUUGCCAUACGGCGCAUGCACAUGCUGCUGCAGCAGCUGCGGCGUUCGCGCCGCCGUGUGCAACAGCUGCAGCAACUGGGACACGAGGACACAAUUCGCUUCAUCAUAGAGGUGCCACAGCACCAGGGCGAUCAGUCUAGUAUGCGUGACGAGGAGGAGCAGGCGCCGCUCCAAUUCACCUAUACUCUUGGGGACGUGAGGCGGCUAUUAGGCGCGGGCGGCGGUCUUGCGUUGAUCCCUGGCAUCCGCUUCGGACCGGCAGUGUGUAAAGUGGAGGCACUGCGAGUAGUGCAGCCUUACCCGCAGCCCCUCAACCCGGAGCUGUGGUUCGCACGUAGCUUUUUUGCUGCGAACUGCGCAGCGCUCCGUUUCAGGCUGCAGCAGACUCCUUACCGGACCCAUGCCAAUUGGGUUGCAUGCAAUCGGAUCCCAGAUGAUGCCUUUUUCCCGCCGCAGCAAGGUCACAAAGAACAGGACCAGCAGCAGAAGCAGAAACAGCAACAACAGCAGGGCGAGAACCCACCAUCUACAGAAGCGGACGAUCGUCAGCAGCUUAUUGGAGGGAAAGGCAGCGAUGGAUGCAAAUGCGGCAGCAGUAGCAGCAGCACCAGGGGAGAAUUUGCCUACAUGUUUGCAGGCUACAAGCUGGCAGUGGAGCAAGUGCUCAGGCCAUCUGCGUCUUUCUUGUGCCAGCCGGCGCUCAUCGACACUGAGCUGGGAGGCGUGUCCUGCAUUGCCGCCACAGCUGCAAAGGCUGCAGCGGCCGAGCAAGCAGAAUCCGUAGCACUUCAGCGUGGAAGUUCCAGCGCUACUGCAGCAGCGGCAGCCGCGGCAGCAGCCGCGGCAGCAGAGUUUUGUGGAGAAACCAAUGAACCAGCAGCAGCUUCGCCUGGUGUCACUACGGGAGGGAGGCGAAAUGGUGCACCUUCCCGGCUAGUAGACCUUUUCUGGGGGCGUGGGUCUUCUGCAGGAACUUUACUGCUAUCCUCUCUGGGCGAUUCAUGGGCGAUGACGCCGGUCGAGGCACCAGGCGCAAGCAGCAGCAUCUGGGUGGCUGCAACGACGCUUUCCCUCGUUUGGGACGAAGUUUGGCCCGACGGCCUGCUUUUGGCCUUCCUUGCGGAGCUACGAAUCUCGCGAACGUUUGCUCGUUCUUCUGCCCAUCCUCUAACUGCGAAGCAGUUCCCAUCAGUGCCCCUAACGCCCAUCCCUUCACGGGGGACUCCGGCUGCAGCAACAGCUGCUGCAGACCGAUCAGCUCCGACCCCAGCCUUUUGGCAGUUUAGAAUGCGCUUAGACGGCGACGGGAACCUCUUUGUCCCCCCCAUGAAUCUAUGGGAGUGGGGGACUCCCUGGUGGCCCUCUGUCUCUCAGCAGCAGGUUAUAGAGAACCUGAGUCGCAUGCGUGUGUCGUAUUUCCGUCGGGGAAAAUCCGAAAAGGGCCCCGUCACAACCAGCUCACAACCAGACGCCGGCGCAGCAAGAGAUGCAGCAGCUGGUACAGAGCGAGAAGACAUGGGCUGGUUCUUUAUCGACGCCCUGGCAGGCCUGGAGGAAGCUACUGCAGAGCAUGCGGACAGGGGGCAGGCCCCCGUGCAGCCGGGUUUCGCAAGUUUAUUGCGUGCGCUGUCUGUGGAGAUACCCGAGGGCUUGACGGACGACGAGGGGGAAUCCAUGGAAUCGGUCCCAUCGGAAGGAACGGCCCCGCAGGCCUCCUUGUUCAUGGCUGAGAGGGUCCCGGAUGGCUUAGGCAACUCCCGCCGUUCUGACUCCAACAGCAAACCUCUUGCGGAAGCACUGCAUCUCUGCUGGCAGGCUUACCUGGUUGGCGCUGUUGCGGCUGCUGUUGUAGAGCGAGUAUCAUCUGCAGCACCCACCGCUGCAGCUCACAUCCCCAGCGGCGGCAGUAGCAACGCUCCUGUUUCAUUCCCUUGGUGGCCACUGGUGCCUAUGCCUCGAAAUGUAUCUCCUCUGGCAUAUGCAGUUACGUUCGAGGUCUUGGGCGUUUUCUUCCGCAGCGCGCUGAAGGCAGCUGACCGCGCAUCGAAAGCAGCAGCAGCUGCUGCAGCAACAGCGUCAGCGGCUGACUCAUCUUCAACAGAGAAGAGCGGGGACCCUGGGGCUAUAGCAGCUGCAGGCGCCGCAGCUGGGGCUGCUGCCUUUGAGCUACUGUGGCCCCCGCACCCUCGUGAGCUCCACAGGGCGCUCAUGUGGCGACUUGAGCUCCUUCACUGCCUUGACGUAAGCGUCGGUUUCUUCUUGCCGUUGCUUAGUCGUCCUCGCCUUUCGCGUCUCUGUUGCCCCUGCCCGCUUCCCACAGCGGAGCUACCCCCCGCUGCAGCGGGGGCCGCAGCAGGUGCAGAGGAUAAUGCAAACCCUUCUUUCCAAGGCGCCAUCUUGCAGGCAAAGCCCAGCCGCUGCGUCUUCGGUCCAAUUGUGGCUGAUCGGUCGCGGCCUUUUGACUCUGCAUGUACCUGGGGCCUCAUGGGUGGUCGCCGGAAAAGCUGGCUCCGCAGAAGUGGCAGCAUUACCACCACUGGCAGAUGCAACAGCUUUCUGGGUCCGCCUGUAUCGGUGAUAGAGGGGUUGGUCAGUCGCAUGCGCGAUUUGGUGCUACCGUCUCGACGGGCCUCAGCCUUCAGCGCCUCAUUCCUGUUUCAGUCGCGGCUAAUGGAGAGGCAGCGAGGUGGUGACGCCUUCAGUGCAGAGGAGAGACUCUGUACCCCGCCUUCAGUUGCGGAGCAGCUUGCCUGGGGUUCGGUUGCAGCCCCCAGGAAUGUUCUGCUGCAGCGCCACUGGGGGUCUCUUGCUGCCCUUCUCGCCGUCCGAGGCAUUUACCCGGAGGCCCCUGCGCCAGAAGACCAAACAAACCCCUGUCCUCGUGUCGGCACUGGAAGCCUAUCUCUCGGACGAAGUUUGCCUGGUGGUGCAGCAGCAGCAGCAGCAGCAAGUGCUGCGGCAGCUGCUGUGGACGGCGACACCAGUGUCGAUGGGGAUGUGUCGCUGUUGCCUGAUGCGGACUUUGCGUCUUCUCUGGUGAAUCAGCUGUCGCAACAGCUCCUGCGGAUCCCCCCUGCAUCGCUGCUGGCUAUGGAGCGUUGCUUUUCGGUGGAACUGCGAGGCGAGGGCGCGCAGGACCUAGGGGGGCCGUACGCCGAGGUGCUGAGCGCCUUGUGCGAUGACCUCAUAGGCAACCGGCUCUUCAUCCCAUCCAGCAACGCCAGAGCAGGGGUGGGAGAGGGAAGGGACUUCACUGCUGCAAAUCCCAUGCUGCGGGACCUGCUGGUGCCUGCAGCAACGGCGAGCACCGCUGCUGCUUCACCAAGGGGGCAACAGCAAGCCCGUGCAGCCUUCUGGGAGGAUGAGGCAACUCUGGGGGCAUUGGGGCCAGCUUGGUUGAACAGUUCUCCCCCUCCCCUCCCUUCUCUCCAUGCCGACGCUCCGCCAUUGCUCGUUGCGCCUCCACAGCUAAGUCCCACAACAGCUGGUGCAACGCCUGCAACAGCUACAGGAUCGCUCGAGCUGCUGUUGAACCACGUGCAGCAGCAACAGAUAAACUACGGGAUGCUUGUUGGUUCGUUGCUGGAAGGAGACGAGGAUGACGAGGAGAGUUCUCUCCUGCGCUUCUGGGGCUUAACAGGCCUUACAGUGUAUGGACAGAACGUGGCCCGCGCGUUGCAGGCUGUAGGCGUACUGAUGGGUUGUGCGAUUACUUCAAUGAGCCCGCUGAAUUUGUCUCUCACUCCCGCCAUUUGGACGCUGCUGCUUGGGUACCAUCCGUCUUCGGACCUCCUUCUGCAGCAGGACUUGCUCGCAGCGAAACACCUCCGAAGGCUGCUGGCGCCCAUUGCUGCAGCCGCCGCUGCAGCGGAUGCGGUAGACAAAGCGCCUUUCUCAAGUCCAGGCAACGAUCCUCGGGAAGUAGUCUCUGCAGCAGCAGCUGCCGCUGCGGAGGCAGCAGCGAAGGCAGCUGCUGCAUCGGGAGAGGACGAAGAGGAAGCACGAGAAGAAGCUGCUGCUGCUGUACAGGUUCUGUUGCAGCGCGGCGCCUGUAUUGACGACUCUGUGGGCAGACCGUUGCCUCUCGCCCCCUCGUGGGAGCAUAUGCGUCUGCGUCCUCAAGACCUCCCCGCCAUCCUAGAGAUUGAGCAAUAUGCUAAGCUCUCGGAGGGCUUUGAGGCUGUCUCCCUCCUGUCAUGGGGCCUCCACCAGCUACUACCGCGCCCUUGUCUCAGAGCGUUGCUUCGCCCGGACGAUCUCCGGCUGCUGGUCUGCGGUGACCCGGACAUCGAGGUGGAAUUGCUGAAGCGAAACUGCAAGGUGGUUUGGGACCGCUGCAACGAUCGGGAGCGCGAGCUGGUGGGUUGGCUGUGGGAGGCGCUGCGGAGCUUCAGUGCUGCUGAACGGCGUCUCUUCCUGCGGUUUGUUUCGGGGCGGUCUAGGGUGCCCCAGGGCUGGACUUUGGGCCACAGUGCCGGUGCAGGCACGUUUGUAACCCCAACCCGGAUGUUCGAGCUUCACAUCAUGAGAGACGAAGAAGCGCUGGAGGCGGUAGACACAUCUUUCUCGGGCCCUCGGCAGGUUUCUGGCCAGCGCGUGGACGAUCGUCUUCCUUCAGCGAGUACAUGCUUUUUCAUGAUGAAACUUCCGAAAUAUUCCUCCUUUGCUGUCUUGAAGACGAAACUACGCACGGCGAUCACCUCUUGCUUUGAAAUAGACCUAGAUGCCAUGCACCACAAUGCCAACGCCCAACACCAUGUGGGAUAA